UGUCAUUGACAACAGAUCUAAGAUAGAGAAGUACACGGUAAUUAUGAAAAUCUUAGCCAACAAAAGUACCUGAAGUUAGCUGACCCUGAUGAAGAGGUCAAUAACCCCUGCCCAAGAGAUUGUGUAAACACAUGCUAGUAACAGAGUCAGUGUAUUGAAAGUCAUUGUCUUGCUCAUUUUUCUAACAUUUUAAGCAUAAAAUAAAUGCAACAUUCAGUAUCAAACUUAUUUUCAGCAUCAUAUUUAUCUGAAAUAAUAUUUCUCACACAAAAAUCCUGAAAGUGAAAGACUUACAAGGAGGAAAAGUAACCCAGAAUUAACUUAAACGUACUUAGAAAUUCACAACUUAUUCAUGUAUAAAACCCCUGUAACAAUAUGUGAAAUAAGAUCUCUAUUUGACUUCAUACUUCAAUGCACAAUCAAUGUUGUUUUUCUUCCACACACAGGCUGAAUUGUCUACCCCAUAUGUACAUAUUCAUAUUUUCCUGCACAUGUUAUUACCGACACGUAGCAGCACCUUGAUUGGUCUGGUGAGGCAACAACAAUGCAGCUAUUGUUUCAAGACUCUCUCAUAAUUUCUUCCAUUCGAUAACAAUAUCCCUUUGAAAAAUCUUGAGACACAAUGACAUGAACCAGUUUGGUGGCCCAAAGAAAUUUCGAGAAAGGCUCGCUUUUGUUCAGAGCUGAGACGACAUUUCAGCAGAGAGGCCUUUUGUGUGCAGUGACAGAUCCAAGAUGUCACCCAAAGUGCGGAUCCUGACACUGCUGCUGUUUGUGCCCUGGGUCUAUGGCACCAACCUAGACUCCUACCCACGCCCUAAUGCGUCCUACGUCGCCAUUCCCACCAAGAUCCCCAACGGCACCCAGAUUCUGGAACUCUCCGACCACAACAUUGCCACUCUCACCACUGGAGGUUUCUCCAACCUGAGGGAACUGCUGAAGCUCGUGAUGCAGAGGAACAUCAUCUCUACCAUAGAGAAGGAUGCCUUCAAGGGACUGGACAAGCUACAGGCACUGGACCUCUCCUUCAACAAGCUCUCCUCUAUCGAGCUCUACCACUUUGACAACCUUCCUAUGCUCAAGUAUCUCAACCUCAAGACCAAUGCCAUCCAGUCCAUCACCCCCGGCUCCCUGGCACCCCUCCAGAACCUGCAAAACCUCAUCCUCCAGGGCAACCAGCUCACAGAUGCACCCUGGGAAGAGCUGCGCGGUCUCCCCAAGCUCCUCACCAUCGACCUGAACAGCAACAACCUCCAGACCGUUCCCGAGGGGAUCCACACCGGCUGGACCUCGCUCCAGUCGCUCUUCUACCACGACAACCCCUUCCACUGCGACUGUCGGCUCCGCUGGCUCAAGAAGUAUGUCCAGGGCGAUCUGCUGGGCAUGCUGCACUACCGCUGUGCUACUCCUAAGAGUCUCCAGGGGGCGUUCUUGGCUGUGGUGUCAGCAGCUGCCCUGGUUUGCACCAAACCAAGCAUCUCACACUGGGAGGCGGUGGUGUCUGUGAAGGUGGGGGAGAGAGCCACUCUGGUGUGUCAGGCUGACGGUGACCCCGAACCCGAAAUCACUUGGACAACCCCAGGCGGGACAACCAUCAAGCAAGGCAAGAGUGCGGGCAAGAUGGCGGUCGGACCCCACGGCACCCUGACCAUAACAAAGGCUACACCGGAGGAUGGAGGGGCGUACAUGUGCACCGCAAGCAACGCCGAAGGUCAGGACACCAAGGUCACAAAGGUCAAGAUCGUUGUGGAAGAAAGGAAGAUGUCUGCCACCAACGCCACCUCGGGAGCGUCCAUGUGGGAGAGUCCGGAGUUUGGCGUCUCCAUGGGGAUCGUCGCCAUCCUGGCCCUGACCCUGGGUCUGAUCGGCAUCGCUGUGUUCCUCCUUGUAAAGAGCAAGUGCGAGAAGGUCAAGCCUGUGGAGGUCAACCCAGGAACAGAGAAGCCAACUGGAGACAAGCAGGAGAAGGAAGCAGAGAAGCCUGCUCCACUCAAGGAGGAUGCAGUCAAAAUGUCUGAUGUGGAGAAAGGCCAGGAAAACCCUGGCUACCAGGCUACUAAGGAGAAGGAAGAGAAAGACAAGCCUGCCCCCCUGCAAGUCAGCGACAUGGGCAAUGUGUGAGAAACAGGAUUCCCAAAUUGCAAGGUUUUGGUGAUCUGUUUUGGUCAGAGUAGGAAAAUGGAAAUGAAAAAGAAAUCAGACAGCACAAUGUAAUUGUUAUAACAACCCAAGAGAGUGCCCAGUAGACACAAUGUCAUAUUGUAAAAUUGUUGUUUUUAGCCUGCAAAACUUUUGGAUAUUCUCUCUGCAAUUUCAAAAUUUUCAGGCAAAGUACAGGCUGUAUAAGUGUUGUCCUUUUCGGUCCUGUUUUGUAAUAGAAACAACUUCUUUCAUCUCAACAUUAUUUCUGCACCAUCCCUGCCUAUGUCAGUUAGCUGUAUAUGCUCCUUCCUUGUCCAUCCCCUACCGGUACCAUUAAUGAACUGUCCCAUAAAAGAGAGCCUCU